UUAUAUUAGUGCAGAACACUGUACCUUUAAAUUAAAUGCCCUUGGAGUCUGCUGGGAAGAGAAAUAAUACUGACAGUCAGUAAUGCACUCACAUGCAGAUGUGCGAUGACGAUCUUAGAAUCACCACACACUCAUUUGGCAGUCACGGGGCCAAAACCAGAGUGUGGAGCCACAGUGUGGCGGUGGAGGCAGCAGCAAUGGGAGGCCAUACAGCACCCUAUGACAAAAAUGGAAACCACAGCAGUGUGAGGAGACCUGAAAGUGGCACAUGGCAGAGUGUGGCGAUGGAGACAGCAGCAAUGGGAGGCCGUACAGGGACCCAU